AUGGCGGCCAAGUCGGACGGCAUGUUGGGGGUCGGCUCCGGCUUCGCCCAGCUCCAUAACCUGGACGAGGCUGCGGCUGCUGCGAUGGGGGGCGAGGGGGACCCCGGGGAGAGCAGCUCCAUCCACAUCUGCCAUUGCUGCAACACCUCAUCGUGCUACUGGGGCUGCAGGAGCGCCUGCCUCAGGUCCCUGCUGCGGAGGGGCAAGGGGUCCGGGGUCCUGGGGGGCAACAAGAGGGAGAAGCAGGUGCAGAAGGGGGAGAGGGCCUGGUUAGACUGCCUCUGGAUAGUGCUGGCCCUGAUGGUCUUCUUCUGGGACGUGGGCACCGACCUGUGGCUGGCUGCAGACUAUUACACCAAGAGGGACUACCUGUACUUCUCCUUGACCCUGUUGUUCGUCCUGGUGCCCUCGGUGCUGGUUCAGAUCCUUAGCUUCAGGUGGUUCGCCCAGGAUUAUACCGGGGGUGGGCUGGGGGCGGUGGAAGGGCUCAGCAGCAGGGGACCCCCCAUGAUGGGGAGUACCCAUCACUACCACCGACACCAGUACACCACCACCACCAGACCCGGGGCUGAAACGUUCUGCAGGAUGUCUGUCUGGAUCUGGCAGUCUGUCAUCCACAUCCUGCAGAUGGGACAAGUGUGGAGAUACAUUCGAACCAUGUACCUGGGCAUUCAGAGCCAGAGGCAGAAGGAACACCAACGUCGCUUUUAUUGGGCUAUGAUGUACGAAUAUGCAGAUGUCAACAUGCUGCGACUCCUAGAAACCUUUCUAGAGAGCGCUCCGCAACUGGUGCUACAACUCUGCAUAAUGAUCCAAAAGAACCGUGCAGAGACACUCCCAUGUGUUUCCUCUGUGGCUUCUUUGAUGUCCCUUGCUUGGGUGCUAGCCUCCUAUCACAAGCUCCUACGGGACUCCAGGGACGAUAAGAAGAGCAUGAGCUACAGAGGAGCGCUUAUCCAUCUCUUCUGGCGGCUUUUCACCAUAUCAUCCAGAGUUAUCUCUUUCGCUCUCUUUGCUUCAAUCUUCCAGCUCUACUUUGGGAUCUUCGUAGUUGUCCACUGGUGCGUCAUGGCCUUCUGGAUCAUCCACGGUGGGACAGACUUCUGCAUGUCGAAGUGGGAGGAGAUCCUCUUCAACAUGGUGGUAGGAAUUGUGUACAUUUUCUGCUGGUUUAACGUCAAGGAAGGCCGGACUCGAUAUCGAAUGUUCGCUUACUACACUGUUAUUCUGACGGAGAACGCGGCCUUGACGUUCCUUUGGUAUUUUUACAGAGAUCCCGACGCGACCGACUCGUACGCCGUGCCAGCACUGUGUUGUGUGUUUCUUUGUUUCGCCGUCGGGAUAGUGUUCAUGCUUCUAUAUUACGGCGUGCUGCACCCCGCGGGGCCGCGCGCUAAGAUAUUCGCCAGCUCCUGUUGCGCCGAGCUGCUCUGGGGCAUCCCUCUGCCCCCCGACGUCGAGCCGAUGGCGCCUCAGACCCCGGGGCAACGGGGGGGCCAGGCGACGCCGACCAGGGCGGUGACGGAGCAACAGGAUGACCUAACGGCCGACACAUGCUUGCCCGUUUUCCAGGUGAGACCAACUGUGCCAUCUACUCCCUCUGGGCGCCCUUACUAUCCGGAGGGUCCGCUCAUUAAGAUCGACAUGCCAAGAAAAAGAUAUCCAGCUUGGGACGCGCACUUCGUGGACAGACGUUUGAGAAGGACUAUCAACAUCCUCCAGUAUAUCACCCCGACCGCCGUAGGUAUUAGAUACAGAGAUGGUCCUCUCUUGUACGAAUUGCUACAAUACGAGUCUUCUCUAUAACGCUCCAAGCACAGAAGGAACCUUAUUUUUGUUUACGACAUCGAAACGUAUCUAGAUCCAAAACGACACAAAGCGAGAGGAAGCUUGGGGUGCGGGGGAGGGGAAAAGCUCUAUUUCUGGUUGCUAUAUGUAUACAAAGAUAUUCUAUAUGUUUUAUAAUUACAAACUGGGGUGGUGGGGGAGGGGGGAAACAAACAAAAAAAAAGACUAUUCUUUGGUGUUUUACACUCAAGAAACAGUAUUGAAACAUCCACGCUACGAUCCGGGACGGAGAGAAGACGUCUCCCUUCGGUGUUUUAUACAUUAUACAAAAAAAAUAAAUAAAAAGCGUAGAGAAUUUAUGGGAUUGGUGCUGACAGAACAAACUAACCUUCAUCUGCCUUAUGCCUUUUGGUGCUGAGUUUCAUUAAGUACUGUCACCUUUCUAAUGCAAAACCAGUGGUUAUCGAGUCAGGAGACGGUCGAGCCUUUCGUCUGCCAACUUUGGGGUUCGGGAGUAGCGGCGGAGCGGAGAACGCACGUAACCCAACGUGUCUUCUCAGGACAGAAACAAAGGGUUCCGGUGCUAUCCGUUAACCCUUCCCCCCCUCCCUAGGCCGCCUCGGCAAACGGGCCCCGAAGGGUUAAUCCGUAGUGGGACCUCCAACACGGUGCUAUGUGAUGCUCAGCUGUAUCCUACUUGCACUGAUUUCACAUAGUAAUACCAUUUUUACUUCCAAAAAAAAACACACACACAAAAACAGUUGAGCUUUGAUAAAAACACCAAAAAAAAAACACAACAAAAUAACAAAACAAGAAGAAAAAAAAAAAACUGUUAAAUAUGUCACAUAUAAGACGAUAUUCAGUAAUAAUAAAACUCAGCAUGGUAGCAAAAAGAAAGAAAAUUUAAAGGCACAAUACUUUGAUUGGUGACGCAAAUUUAAUCGUACAUUUUAACCCCUUAGUGACAAAGCCCGUACAUGCACGGGCUCAAAAUGCAUUGUUUUCAAUGGGUUUUGGGGACCACCCGUUGUCCUUAAGGGGUUAAGGCCGUGCGGAGAGAGCACCGAGUGUUACAAUAAAUCCACUAGGUUCCUGUCUAUUGUCUCUUCUUCAAUCUGAGCCUUAAAGUGAUCUGUAGUGAUACGUUUUAGGUUUUAUUCUGCUUUUUGGGUUUUUAUUUUUUUUUGGUUUUUU